AUGGCUCAGCUCUUUGAUUCCGUACCAACCGACGUUAAGAUUGGCACCGCUCUCCUGCUUCUCGCCGCUGCAGGCACGAAGCUCAUUUCCAACUCGCAAUCCUUACCACUACCUCCUGGUCCACAAGGACACUGGCUUUUUGGGGCUACAUUCAGUUCUUCCGAGGCAUGGCGCGUUCUUGAGGAAUGGACGCAGGAAUACGGACCUGUCUUCUCCUAUCGCCAAGGGACGCGUAGGAUGUUCAUCAUUGGCCGCACACAGGCAGCGAUCGAUAUAUUGGAGAGAGAAGGUGCCGCUACUCUCGAUCGACCAUUGAACAUCCCAGCGGAGACGGCUUCCGGAGGAUUGCGCAUUCUUAACAUGAGCUGGAGCGAUCAAGCGAGGAAACUGCGACGCGCUAUGCAUGAGCACCUGCGUCACAAAGUAGCCUUGUCCUACGGUGACAUGCAGGAAGAGCACGCCAGGAAUGUUAUCCUCGACAUCUUGAAGAAUCCUGAGGAUCACCAAACACAUGUCAGAAGGUUCUCCGCAGCUACGACUUUGCGACUUGCGUACGGGAAGACUACGCCCACGUAUGUAGAUGAUUUAGAGAUACAGCGCAUCAACGUCAUUGUGGCAAGACUACGGAAAAUACUAUUUCCUGGCUCCUUGUGGGUGGAUAGGAUCCCCUUACUGCGGUACAUUCCUGGUUGGCUGCGUGAGCAGCAGGAAUGGCACCAUAACGAACUGGAUCUGUAUCAUUCUCAAGUUAAUACUGUCAAAGCCCAGAUAGCUCAAGGAGAUGCACCACAGUCUUUCGUCAAAUACCUUUUGGAGGAUCAAGAAAAACUUGGCCUGUCGAACGACGAGCUUGCUUACCUUGCAGGGAGCCUCUUCAAUGCUGGCAGCGAGUCGACGGCUGCUGUACUGGGCUGGGUGAUCGUUGCAGCGGCGAAGCACCCCGCUGCUCAGGUUCAAGUACAGGCCGAACUUGACCGCAUCGUCGGCCUGCAAAGAGCGCCUACGUUCGAUGACGAGAAUGGACUUCCGCAAGUCACCGCAUUCAUGCGCGAAGUGUACCGGUGGAGGCCUGCAAGUACGAUUGCACAGGCUCAUCGUAGUAGGAAAGAUAUCAUCUGGAAAAACUACUUGAUACCCGCCGGGUCCACGAUAAUCGGUAGCCAAUGGUCUAUUGCGCAUGACCCAGAGGUUUGGCCGAAUCCAGACCGGUUCGAUCCGAAUAGAUGGCUGUACGAAGAUGGUGGUCUUCGGGAGGACAAAAAGACGUUCAUGUUUGGGUUUGGCAGAAGAUUCUGCCCUGGCCAACACUUCGCGAAUAGAGCGGUUUUCAUCAACACGGCUCUGUUGCUGUGGUCCUACAACAUCCGGGAAGACCCAGCGCACCCCAUUGACUCGAUGGCCUUCUCGAAGAGCUCGCUGAUUCAUCCGCAGCCAUUCAAGGUGCAAUUUGGGCCGAGGGUUGCAAACUUAGGCUCCCUAUUGGCAGAGCGUCCAUGAGGCAGUUCUCAUGAUCCCGCCAUGCAAGCAGCGAUGAUACAACUGACGGGCUUUACAAGUGCUGUUGGAUUGUUGAACUACUAUGUAACCCGUGAUACCGCAGCGGAAUGACGGAGUUGCUUAAC